AUGGAGGACGUUCGUAGUCUGAGUAUUAUAGGCCAGCGUACUGUCGACGCGGACUCCUUUGGUUAUGAUCGCUUAGGCGAGAUUGCCCAGGUUGCUGAGCGGGCGUUGUCCGUCAAUGCAACGAAUGUUGUACGUCACGAUCUCGAUAGGCAUGUUGAGGUUAAUGACAUUUUGAGUCAAGAACUUACACCUGCAGACCCGACCCAGCAACAUCCACCACCCAGACCUCCGAGGCGUUCGUGCAGGUCUCAACGUGGUCGUGGAGGACAAGAGACAAUCACGCCCACUCAGCCACAUCAGUCCUCCCAGCAUCAGCAGUCUCAUAUCCCCUUCACUGACGGUUCAUCCAAUCAGUCUCCACAUCAUUCUCCACACCAUUCUCUACAGCAUUCAUCCCAUCAGUCUCCACAUCAUUCAUCCCAUCAGUCUCCACAUCAGUCUCCACAUCAUUCUUCGCCGACCCAACAGGUGUUUUACCGUCCCAUUAUGUCUCCCCAGCACCAGCAGUCCCAUUUUGCCUUCACUCAGUUUUCCUCCCCUCAGACUUCUCAGCCUCAGUUUGGAGAUGCUUUUAUUGACUUUUCUGGGUUCCAGCAGAGUUCGCUAGAUGGCCAGUCGAUACAUUACACGAGUAACUUUCUUUCGAGUAUGUUCGAGGGUGUUGCGGGUCAGCAUCAGGGUUAUCAGCGCCAUGAGGAGCAGGGAUCGAGUCAGACUCUAGGGACUCCACCGUUGGCUGUGAGUAAAGGCCAGAGAGUGACGAAGGAGCCCGAUAGAUUGACUUAUAGCCAUUUCCGGGCUAAAAAGCCCAAGAAGAAGUAG